AUGCAUCGUUGCUCAGGCACACUCUUCUUCUUCUUCUUCUUCUUCUUCUUCUUCUUCUUCUUCUCUUUUACACGCUUUCUCAGGCUUGAGCCUUAUGUUGAAUUUGUGCACAGUCUCUCAUGUAAAUAUAUAAAUCCACUUCUCUAUCUAUCUAUCUAUCUAUCUAUCUAUCUAUCCCAUUCUGUUCAUAUCUACCACUAUGUCUUAAACGCUUGGCAUCAGCAGCAAAUGAAUGCUCUGUUUUAUGUUUUCCUUUUCUCAUCUAUUCAUUUCUUUUUUUUUAUUUGUACGUUCAUUCAUUCAUUUCUUUCUUUAUUUAACCACCCCUUUACUUUCCAGUCGACAUCCUUACCAACAUUCUUACUCUCUAAUCGGCAUCCUCACCAACACAACACCCCUUACUCUCUAAUCGGCAUCCUCACCAACACAACACCCCUUACUCUCCAAUCGACAUCCUUACCAACACCCCUUACUCAUUUCGUCUCAAAACGCCGCGAUAAAGUUACAUAA